CCCCGGCCUUCAGACAGGGAGGGGAGAAAAAGGCAAACGACAAGGACGGAGAAGAGGGACACACAGUUCACCUGGGAAGAGGCCAGAGAAUGCAUGCAACUGCAAAGGGUCCCACUUUUUCUUCGGAAUCAGAAAGAGUAACGUGAAAACAAUCGCUUAUGAAGGUUCAAGUUUCGAGCGUCUAGCGGGAAGCCCAACGAUCCCUUCCCCUCAACUCCGCCCUCCUUUUCUUUUUCCUGUUUCAGACUCGCACUCGGAGACGCGAGUGAGAGAGCGCGAUGGAGGAUAGGAGAGGCGGGGUACUCAGGAGCCUCAAGAAGCAACGUCCCUCUAUUAGAUCCUUAUUCCGAAGCGGACAGAAUCCGGCGAAUUCGGCCGCCAUCCCCUCCGAUCAAUGCAUUCCUCAGCUAUCUCAGAUUGCCAAUUCCGUCGUCGCCCGUUGCUCUAGGGUUCUUCUCAUCCAACCCGAGCAGUUACAGCGUCAAUUUGAGAGUCAGAUGCCUGAAGAUGUUAGGCAACCUUCUUGUUAUGCACGCAACCUAUUAGAGUAUUGCUCCUACAGUGCUUUGCACCUCAUGGUUCAGGAACCAGAUCACUUGAGUGACAGGGAAUUCCGUCGCUUAUCUUAUGAUAUGAUGCUUGCAUGGGAAGCUCCUGCUGCUGGUUGUGAAACUUUAUCCAAAGUUGAUGAUAAGAAAACUGUCGGUUUAGAGGCAUUUACACGAAUAGCUCCAGCUGCUCCUUCUAUAGCAGAUAUUAUAGCAGUAGAUAAUCUUUUUGCUGCACUUACAAGUUCAUCAGGUGGACAGCUUCAUUUUCUGAUAUAUGAGAAGUAUCUAAUUGCUCUGGACAAAGUAAUUAGAACUGCAAGGAGCUUUGGUGGAUCUGCAAUGAUUUCAAACCUGCAGCUUGCUGCGGGAGAGAUAGCUAUAGAAGUCGAUGGUACUAUUCCUACACAGCCGGUUUUUCAGCACAUUGGCAUCUCUGCAUGGCCAGGACGUUUGAUAUUGACCAAUCGAUCUCUUUACUUUGAGUCUGUGGGGGUAGGCUCAUUCAACAAAGCCACUAUAUAUGAUCUAUCAUCGGAUUCAAAACAGAUUGUCAAGCGAGAAUGUACUGGUCCAUUGGGAGCUAAGUUGUUUGAUAAAGCUGUCUCAUACAAGUCAAUGUCCUUACCAGAGCCUGUCUCCAUGGAGUUUCCCGAAUUCAAAGGUCAUUUACGUCGAGACUACUGGUUGGCCAUUAUUCGAGAGGUCUUGCACGUUAAUCAAUUCAUUAGAAAGUUCUCUCUCACAGAUGUCAGGGAGGGGGAAGCACUCUCAAGGGCUAUUUUGGGCAUUUUCCGCUGUCGUGCAAUAAGGGAUGCCUUUCACACUGUCCCUGCCCAUUUCAGGACCAUUCUUUCUUUCAGUUUAGCUGAAAAGCUUCCUAAAGGAGAUAACAUCUUGGAGGCUUUAUCUGGCCGUCUCGAAAUGUUAAACAUUGAAAGUGGUGGUUCAUCACUAAAUGGCUCCAAAAUAAAUUCUACUACUAUACAACCAGUUUCACUGUUGACACUUCAAAAAUUUGGCCUAAUCAUCAUGAAGGAGACUGAAGUAAUUAAAGAUGUUAAGUUCUCUAAUGGAGAUGUUUGGGUUGGUGAUGUGAAUCCAUUGGAGUUGGCUCUCAAACAGUCGAAGCUUGAUUCAAGUAAAGCUGAGGCAGCACAUGCAUCUGUUACUCAAAUGAAAGUGGAAGGUGUUGAUACUAACUUGGCAGUGAUGAAGGAAUUACUAUCUCCACUCAUGGAAGUAGCUACAUGGGUUCAGUUGUUGGCCUCAUGGGAGAGCUCAGUUAAAUCAUCAAUUUUCUUGAUGAUAUUCUGUUAUGCAAUUUUCAGGGAUUGGUUCAAAUACAUAUUGCCUUAUUCUUUCUUAUUCCUGGCAGUUCUCAUGCUAUGGCAUAAGCACCAAGCCAAAGGAAAGCCAGUGGAAGUUUUGAAGGUCAUUCAACCACCAAAUCGUAAUCCUGUGGAGCAGCUUUUAGUUUUGCAAGAAGUCAUGGGUCAGUUGGAAACAUAUAUUCAGGCAGCAAACAUUAUCCUUCUCAAACUUCGAGCUCUUUUAUUCUCUGCAUUUCCACAGGCUACAAACACGGCUGCUCUAUUCCUGAUAUUCAUGGCUGUGGUGCUUGUAUUCAUGCCUCUGAAAUAUCUGAUAAUGUGUUUAUUUCUGGAGCCCUUCACUAGGGAGAUGCCACUGCGGAAGGAGACUAGUGACAAGGUUCUCCGAAGACUCAAGGAGUGGUGGAUAAGGAUUCCUGCUGCUCCUGUUCAGAUUAUUAAACCUGAUGAAAGCAAAAAGAGAAGGUGAUCAUGCGAUCUGUUAUGAUUAUCUUGCUGACAGCUCCUGCAGAAUAUCCCCUUGCCUCCGUUUCUCUUCUCUUCUCUUCCUCUUAAGAGGAUUCAAUCCAUUUGGUGUAUAUAUUAUGUUGAAAACAUUCUAAACAGGCCUUAUCAUCUAAAUGGAAAUCCUGGAAUUAGACUAACAAUGUCCUUUCUCUUCCAGCCCAAGACUGGGGGGGGUGAAAACUUUUUAUUUUUAACUUCUAAUCCAUUCAAUUGUAAAUAUUUCAUGAUGCUGUGGAGACUUCUCUGGAUUCUUUGGGCAAGAAGUACAGCUACCAGUUUGUUGAUUCUUGUUGUGCGAGAGAAGAUAACGUUAGUAUGUUUUACUAAACUGUUCCUUGCGAAGCCAAAAUAGAAGGUCUUUCUUAAAUUUGAUCAUAUGGUGGUGUUUGACAUACUCA